UCAGGAGACUCUGGGGGUCUUUUUGAUCAUUCGUGACUGGAAGUUCUCUUCAGCGAAGGUGAAUCUGCGAGGGAGAGAAGGAAGAAGAAAGGUCAGUCGAAUCGAAUGUGAUUUUGCUUGUGAAUUGUACUCGCCGUUGUCUCAGUCUAUAAGUCCCAUGUUCAGUUCGCUCUCGAAAACCCUAGUUCGCCGCCCUCUGUUCUUGGCCGCUGCUCUCAGAUUAAUCUCCACCGCCUCCUCGAAUCGACCCUCUUUCGCGGUCUCUUAUCUCGUGAAUUCAUGUGGGUUGUCCCCGGAAUCGGCAUUGUUCGUUUCCAACCGCGUCGUCUUCAAUACCUCGGCGAGACCCGAAGCGGUCAUUAACGCCUUCAAGAGCCAUGGUUUCUCUCAAUCCCAGAUUUCGGAUAUGAUUAGGAAGUGGCCUCGGCUGAUUUCGGCGUGUCCUGAGAGGACCCUCUUGCCCAAAUUGAACUAUCUGCGCUCUGUCGGCUUUUCCGGCUUUCACCUGGUGAGAAUGAUCACUGCCUCGCCCUACUUAUUGACUAGGAGCUUAGAGAAGCAUCUCAUCCCCACUUUUGGUAGGCUUCGGGACUUCCUUCAGGGCGAAAAGCAUGCGGUUACAGCUAUUAGACGCAAUCCGAAAAUAUUGUCACAAGGUUUCGAGGCUACAAUUGAUCCCUUCGUCAAGAUUUUGAGAGAUAAUGGAGUGCGUGAAUCAAGCAUUGCAUGGUUAGUUAAGUGUCAGCCUAGGGUGAUGAUAAAUAGUUACAAUCACCUCGAGGAAAUUGUGGAGAAAAUCAGGGGGAUGGGCUUUGAUGAUCCUUCUGAGGCAAAGUUCGCUGUGGCUAUGUCAGCGGUCGCAGGGAUGAGCGAAUUGACAUGGGAGAGGAAAUUUGAUGCUUAUAGCAGGUGGGGAUGGUCUAGAGAUGAUGCCAUGAGAGCUUUUGUGAAGUGUCCUUGGUGCAUGAUGUCGUCGGACGAAAAAAUAAUGUCAGUGAUGGGAUUCUUUGUCAAGGAAAUGGGGUUUGAAUCUUCAUUUGUUCUGCGACAUCCUUGGUUGAUGUCACUGAGCUUAGAAAAACGGAUUCGACCUCGAUGUUUGGUUUUUAAACAUCUGUCGUCGCAUGGUUUGACGAAGACGAAGAUUGGCUUGACUACCCUGUUGUCGAUUUCGGAAGAAGAUUUCCUGGGGAAGUUUGUGACCCCUCAUCUCGAGGAAGCUCCGGAAUUGCUGGAUAUAUAUCGGGAGAAGAAGCAUAUGGCAACGAGGACUCUGGUUCCGUAAAAUGGCACAGGGUACCAAAUAAUUGGCUUGUCCCUCUUUCAUGUUCAUUCUUUAUUUGCGCAAAAUUUUUCCAAAUUGAGAAGCUUUGGGAAUGUGCCUAAAAGAAUGAGGAAACCAUAUAUCCAAAGGUUUGGCAGUCUGAAUCUUCUGUAACACAGUACUCUUCAGGGUGACUGGUUUGGCUUGACUACCCUGUUGACGAUUUCGGAAGAAGAUUUCCUGGAGAAGUUUGUGAAC